UUCGCGCACGCUGCCUGCUGGGUCCGCAAACUGGACCUUUUCAUUCAUUCCAGCGUUCAAUCUUGAGAUUCGGUCGCGAUCCAUGGCGUAGCCAAUAUGAAAGAGGGGAUGAUUGCUUCGUUGAUGCUUUGUAUUUUGCUUUUUCUGGCCCCAGCACUCAAAAAUCAAGGAUCUGUCGCCGCUUCUGGGGAUGACAGAGUCAAUAUUACCAAAAUUCUCAAUGCAUUCUUUGACCAGGGCUAUGACAAGCGGGUCAGGCCGAACUACGGCGGUCCGCCGGUUAUAGUGAGCGUCACGAUGUUCAUCCUCAGCAUCAGUUCUGUAUCAGAGGUGCUAAUGGAUUUUACUCUUGAUUUCUACUUUCGUCAAGCUUGGACCGAUGACCGGCUUUCGUUUACCCCGAGGACGGGAUUCGAGAGCUUGACGGUAGGCGCCGAGGUCGCUGAUCGAAUUUGGGUCCCGGACACCUUUUUUGUAAACGAGAAGAGCGCCUAUUUCCACAAAGCUACUACACAAAAUACAUUCCUCCGUAUCUCCGCAGGUGGCGAAGUCUUUAGAAGUAUCAGAUUGACCGUAACUGCUGGAUGUCCUAUGGAUUUGCAGUAUUUUCCGAUGGACAGACAAGUGUGUUACCUCGAGAUAGAAAGUUUCGGAUACACAAUGAGAGACAUAAGGUAUAAGUGGGGAGACGGAGAGAAAUCUAUUGGUAUGUCGACUGACGUCGAAUUACCCCAGUUCAAAGUCUUAGGCCAUAGGCAAGACCAAAAAGAAGAACACCUCACGACAGGUAACUAUUCGAGAUUAGUGUGUGAGAUUCAGUUUGUGCGGAGCAUGGGCUACUAUCUAAUUCAAAUCUACAUCCCAGCUGGGUUGAUAGUCAUCAUUUCGUGGGUUAGCUUCUGGUUACACAGAAACGCGACACCCGCCCGAGUAGCCCUGGGGGUCACCACCGUGCUCACAAUGACCACCCUUAUGUCCAGUACCAACUCCGCCUUACCCAAAAUCUCGUAUGUCAAGAGUAUUGACGUCUACUUAGGAACCUGUUUCGUCAUGGUGUUCGCAUCCCUACUUGAGUAUGCUACAGUAGGCUACCUCGGCAAGAGGAUAAGUAUGCGAAAGGCCAGGAAUCAGCAGAUGGCCAAGAUGGCUCAAGAACACCGACAAAGAUGCGUGGCAGCAGCCGCGGCUGCGGAGGGGCCCGAAAGGUGCCCCCCUCCGGAGGCGGUUCUUCUGCCUGGCAAUGCUGAAGUCACAAUGGUCAAAUCUGCAGUCAGAGGACAGCCAAUUAAUCACCGAACAAAAUUACCUGAAACUAGAAUACCACUUCGACCUGCUCUGGUCGAAAACUUGAAUAAGGACCCUGCGGACGUGGAAGCUGUGCCACCGAGGAUACCCGAGGGUUUAUUUGGCAUCGUUCCCAGCGACAUCGACAAGUAUUCCCGACUCGUAUUCCCAGUAAUUUUCAUCUCCUUCAACCUUACCUACUGGAUUAUCUAUUUGCACAUCAGCGACACUUUAGGGGAGGAUAAUGUUGCUCUGUCUUAAAUCGUCAAUGUUCGUCUAACGUAAUAUCUUCGUUUAUAUGCAGAAAGGGACAUCGAUUCCGUUUAGACUUAGCGAUACUAUCCGACUACUGAUGAGAACGCCUACACGAUGCCUAAAUAUAUGUAGUCGAGCAAUUAUUGUUAUGAACAAUUUGGGAAUUUUAAUCACUUUAAUGAGUGUCGAUGGAUUUGCCCACAACCUUUCUUAGCACACGUUAAGUGUUGCCGGCACACUUUGAAAAUGCAAUAGGCACAACCCGCAAACCCACCUGCAGUAGGCUUUGAUUUCCAAUGUGUGGUGAGAAAGUACCUCUUUGCCAAAAUUAUGAACAGAAUAAAAAGUCGAUUUCAAGACGACUUCAAAUAUAAUUGUUAGUGCAAUGACUACUUUACGCCGAAUGAACAAUGUAAGAAAGCCAACGUGGCAAGGUACAAAUUUUCAUUGAAAAUUGUCAUUUUCAUUGCAAAUUUGUGGCUUCUAACGUUGGAAUUGUUUAAUUGUAUGAAUGCAACGGUUGUCCGUAGACAACAUCGCUGUCCAUGAAGACAUAAUAAGAUUAUUGCACACUUAACUAAUCAAUAGAAAAAAUAUUGUGAAUUGGAAAACAGUAAAUUCAUUGCAUCAAAUGACGAAUAAAUCAAAAUGAGACGUACCAUAUUUAUAAGAGCAAUUUUUUAAAAAAUGUUUAUAUAGAUUUUUGUUUCCGAAUGGACUAACAUUUUUGAAUCUAAAAUAAAAUCUGACAAUGAUACUAUUCAGUCCCGGAUUCCCCAAUAGGUCAACCUAGGCCCUGGCCUAGGGGCGCAAGUCGAAAAGGGCCGACGUCGCUGAGGGAAAAAAAUAAACAGCUUGGUGAGGAAAAAAAAGCGACGCGUUAGUAUAUGGAGAAGCAAAAUUUAUCUAGUAAAGAUUGCAAUCAGCGCGAUAGGCAUAAAAACAGCUAUUGAAGGGGGGGGGGGUGCUUGAGUCGAGAUCCUUUUCCGCUCAAAGCAUGUAUUUUUCAAUAUCAUUGAUUUGAACAAUAAUUUCUUUAAAAUAUAGCUUUGACCGGAGGCGAACGGAGUUCUCUAAGAAGGUGCCAACCUUGACUCCUAAAAAGUGCAAAAAGAGUUCAAGGGCGCAAAAAAAAAAAAAAAAA